GCUGGCGUGAAGUCUAUGAUCAAGUGCGAUAUGAUAUGUAAUUCCUGCAAGGGGUGUGCGAGUUCAGUUUCGAGACGAGUCAUGAUUCCAACGCUCCAAAAAAAAAAGGUAUAGUCGGUCUAGCUCUCUUCACGGAUGCGUCGGACCAACCCAUCCAGAUUGACGGGCGAGACGCCUAUGCAUGGGACAGGCAGUGUAUGCAUGCAUGAAUCCAUGCGGAAGGACGGAACUUCUUGGGUGCUUGAUGAGACUGUCAAAAGUCUGUCGGCGAGAGGGCAGUGGGACAGCGUGGACAGUACCACGGUCGAAGUAUAUGCCAGCCUCGCCAGACCUGCAGGCCGGGAACAGCCGUUGGGGGAUUUUCGCCCUACGCGCGCGACACGCAACAACGCAGCAACGUGCCGGCGCAGGUGACCAUCGUAUACAGAGAUUGUCUUUUACAGCAAAGCGCAACGAACACAUGAGGCAGACAGGGACCAUUCAGCACACGAAAAGUGACAGAAGUGGCAGGACAACAUGGCGGGUUUAUCGCCUUUGCUUUUGUUUGUCUAUGAACAAUCCCACCCAAUUAACACUAGCAAGCAACCGAAGCACAACCAUUCCAAGUAUUAUUGAAUGAUUCGACAUCUGCCCGAAACCCAAUCAGGACGCCCUCGCGUCCCUAAUGCUUCCAUCGUGACAGCCCAGAGAAAUGCAGACCAUGUAUAUGACGAACAUUCCACGUCGAGUAGCCUCGUGUGCAUCGGCCGGGGGGGUUCCUGCCACCCCGGCGAUGUCGAUGAAGGACGUGCCAGCGCCACCUCGUAACGCAUCAA